AUGAACUUCCACACGUUAACGUUCUGUAUAGCAGCAAUUCUUGCUUCACUGUACCUAACUGCAGCAGAUGAAAGUGUGGCGCAAGAAAGUCGCCGGCCCUGCUUGAGAACUUGUAAUGAACACUACAGAUGCAAUCCAUAUCACGUUGAACCAGUCUGGAGCAUUGUAGAUCGCAGAUGCCGCGUAUUCCAGAACGGUUGCAUGUUCGGCAAUAUUAAUUGUCAGCGCAGAAACGAAUGCCUCAGACCCUUUGUACAAACGACCCAAAGAGAUUGUCAGCGUGCUUGCAACUUCAUUUGCCCAUUUGGUGGCUCUUGGGUGUGCGCCACAUUUUACGAUAGAAACAGCGCCGGGCAGAAUCGAGAGCGCAAAAUGAGUUUCCUAAACAGAUGUCUGCUAGAUCUCUACUCCUGCCAGAAUGGUGUUGCUUAUUCUGAUGUAACUGAAGGUCAAUGCCCCUAGAGCAACACAACUGAAGCAGCUAAAAUAUAAAGCAUGCAGCAUUACUUUUAUAUUAAGAACAAUAAAAAGUUAAAAC